CAACACGAUCCCAACACUGGCUAACUACGCAACGCUGCAUCAACUUGGCUCGCCCACGAUGGGUUCGCUAGGCGUUCACUCGCUCGCCGCACACCUUGGUAAUAACACAGCGGUCGGCUUGCAUGGUGCUAAUCUGGCAGGCCUGAGCGCACCGAUGAUGGCAGCGGCGGGCUCCACGGCGGGAGAUCUCGCUCCCUCACAGACCUACAGCUCUAGCAUGCACAACCUCGCAGCGCUGAUGGCAGCUAACAACCACCCUUUGAGUUCGAUAGGCAGUAUGCACCAGCUAGCAGCACUGAGUCCAUCCAUCGCAUAUUCACAAGAUGGAGGCACCAGUUUAGCCAGUGCAGGGCCCGACUGGAGGGACGGCUACACCACUGCAGUGCCAUUCCUGAAGGCUCACUCGAUACCCGGCAGCCUCGGCUGCGCGACGACCUGCCCCAGCACGAUGUCCGGCACGGCCGCGCUCACAGGGUCCGGCUUGUUCACGAUGAGCGGACUGCCCGUCGGAACAAUGAACGGCAGUGCACUAGGUACUACUAACGGCUCAGGUAUGGAUGCGCUCAGCCAGGCAUACUCAGGGAUGCAGCAAUAUGCAGCAGGCUUUCCAACUUUCACCCAGCCCAACGUGCAGCAGCAGAUCCAGAGCGCGUCAGGCAAGCAGAGUGAAGGUCCGGAGGGAGCAAAUCUGUUCAUCUACCACCUCCCACAGGAGUUCACCGACCAGGAUCUGUGUCAGACCUUCCUGCCCUUCGGCGUUGUCCUCUCGGCCAAGGUGUUUGUUGACAAGCAGACGAACCUCAGCAAGUGUUUCGGCUUCGUCAGCUACGACAACCCCGUCUCCGCGCAGGCGGCCAUCCAGUCCAUGAACGGGUUCCAGAUCGGCAUGAAGCGGCUGAAGGUGCAGCUGAAGCGUUCGAAGGAGGCCAGCCGGCCGUACUAACGGUGUCUCUGUCGUUGCUAGCUGUUCGUCUAACCACGCGUUCCUGCAUCGCUGUCACUGCGUCUCUAUUUCUCCACUGUGUGGCGCUGCCGUGUGCGGCUCGCCUUCGCCGAGGACUGUCGAUUUGCACGGUGCGUCACCAUUUUUGUUUCUAGAUAACAGCCGUAGACAUUUGUAGCUUCUGUAUGUGUGCGGGCGCGAGCGCGCCCCGAGCCGCCCAGCAGGGGGGGUGGGAGGUGAGACCGACCUCCCGACCGUGCAGCGGUAACUAACCGUACAUGCCGGGACGACCGGUCGCCCGUCGGACAACCCCCGGCGGCGGCGGCCCGGGGCGCGCGAGCGCAGACGGCCGUAUUGUGCUGACUGGUUCCAAGGCUGUCGAGUUUGCUGUUGUUUAACAUGGUCCCCGCCCGGCGUGUGUGGCUGACAGGUGGCGCCACGUGUCUGACGACCCUCGCGGCCGUUGAGAUGCGUAAAACAAUGGCCUGCGGUCGUGAUGUCGGAACUCGGAUAUGGCAGCACGAUUUCUGUAAUUAAGUUAACGAUUAAAUUUCAAUAAUUAUUAACGAUUAACAUUUUAUUGAUGAUUUCUUAUUCCUCUUUGAGUAUUUAAUAACUAUUAAUGGCAGUUUAAUAAAGCUGAUCACGAUCGAGGAUACUAUAGUUGUCACUCGAACUGAUCUCUCCCAGUAUACUGCGGUAACACGUGGCGCCCUCUUCCUAACAGUGGCGCCCCCUUCAGCCGACAUGCCGUCGCGGCGGCGCGUGUCGCAUAUACCUCAGUGUCGCACACGUUCAGGGCAGCUCUGUAAAUACUGAUUCGUGUCUGGUGCUGUUCACGUGCGAUGACUGCUCUGUUGUUUUUCGAUGACACGCCGAUGGCCGGUUUGGCGGCGCGUGUUGCUUUCGAAUGGCGAUUGCCCCCAUGACCUGGUUGUGCUUGCCUGCGAAGGUAGGUGUGUUAGAGAGAACGCUAGCGGGUGUGUAGUUUUUUUUACGAGAGCCUUGCGCACUGUGCUGAGCAGCAGCUAUCAUGGCAACCUAGAUGCACACAUCGAGUUCAUUUAGAAGUGAUGAGGAUUGAUUCACUGAGUGAUUGAUUAUUUGGUUUGUGAAGCAUCGUACACUGAUUGAGAAAACUCAAUACUAUUUGGAAUCAUCAAACAAACUUAUUUUUUGCGACUAUGAAUAAUUGAGUGAUUGAUGGAUAAUUUGGUUCUGUAAGCAUCCUUUAAUCAAGAAAACUGAAUACUAUUUGGAAGUAUCAACCAAAUGUGUCUCUUUUACGAUUAAUAGUAGUAUGUACCUAUAAAAUAAUAGUAUCUACCGAGGUGGGUUCUGUUAUUUCCUUUGAGUUUCAAUUUGCAAUAUUCAAAUUAUUAUUAUAGUGUUAUAUUAUUGAAAAGUCUGUGUAUCAGUAACUAUAUUCUAUCUUUAUUUUAUUAUGAACUAUAUGAUUUGGAAGGAUAAUUAUACAUAUACAUGUGUGAUACACAUGUAGUCAGUAUUAUACGAAAGCAGAUGUAUAUUGUACUAUCAAGUUAUAUAUCAACUUGUGCCAAAUUAAUGAUGAUCGUUAUAUUUUGGCAUUUAUGUGAGAAAAUUUAAAUCACUGGGACUAUAAUAUAUUUUAAAAGUAUAUUUUACUGUAUUUAAGUAUUAAAGUGGUGUAUGAUAUUAAUAUCAUUAUGGCUAGAAAUUAGUUUUGUGUCUAGAAUCAUAUGUUAUACAAAACUCACUAGGCGGUAGAGAUAUAGUUACGUAAACCAGUGUCACCGUAUACUUAAAUGCUAGUUACCCAAAUCAGCUCUGUGCAAUUGUGCUGUUCGUAUCGUAACCUUCAGGUGUUUAUUGGUCGUGCGUGUCACGUGGCGAGAGAGCCGGCUGCUGGAAUUGGCUGAACUUGACUACCUGUAGCCAUCGGUGCUGUGUGUGUGUGUGUGUGUGUGUGUGUGUGUGCGUGCGUGCGUGCGUGCGUGUGUGCGUGCGUGCGUGCGUGCGUGCGUGUGUGCGUGCGUGCGUGUGUGGCGGGGAUAAUAGAUCGAAGAACUGGCGGUCGGAGGUCUUAUGUCGUGCGAUGACCUAAUGGAGUGUUCUGGUGUAAUACCCCCAAAAUCAGCAGCAAAUAUUUGGACAUUUUCUCAGCUGCCUGUAAAUCUUUUCAGUCGUGGCAUUACUCUUUUGUUAGUUUAACUACUAAAGACGAAGUCCGCGGGGCGUAAUUCCGCUUCAUAAUCGAGAUGAACCUGAAUUUGACGGUAAUGAAUGAAUAAAAUUUCUCUAAUGCCGUUAAUUUAUAUAAGACGAUUAAUCACGAAAAAUUCAUGCUAACGAUGUAAAAUAUACACGUUACACCCCAUCAAGACCCUCCUGUGAUAAUCAUGCACGAAUGCCUUGGGUGUAAUGUUGAGUGACAAAUUUCAUUGUGUGUCUUUUGAGGGGACGAGAUGCGAGUUGGUAUGUAUGAGUGUGUGGGCGAGAAUGAGCGUUGAUAGCUUACAGCUGUGUUCAGUAAUCGAUUGAUAGCAGGGCGAAGUGAGUUUUGUGUGACCAUCUUGGAAGCGUGAAGCCAUGUGACCAACGACAUUGUGUGUGCGUGCGUGCGUGCGUGACGGGCUCUUAUAUAUUAUGCACUGGUUAUGAUCACCUCGCUCAUUGUAGUAUUGUGGUUGUGUUAUCACACGCACACGUUAUCAUUGUGAAUUUGUGUCAUCACACGCGCACGUUAUCAUUGUGUUUGUGUUAUCACACGCACACGUUAUCACUGUGUUUGUGUUAUCAUACACACGUUAACGGUGUGGUUGUUAUAACACAAUAUAACAUUACGGUUGUUUAAUCAAAUGCGCGCACGUUAACAUUAUGGUUAACAUUAUCUUUUUUGGUUGUGUUCUCACGCACGUGUUAUCAUGUACGGGUCACCGUUGUGGUUGUGUUAUCACACACGUGCAAUCUGUUUGGUUGUGUUAUCACAGACACGUUAUUGUUAUAGUUGUGUUGUCACAUGCGUGUUCUCACGUACGGAUUAUCGAUGUGGUUGUGUUAUUAUUCGUGGCUGUGUUAUCACGCACGUGGUGGCGCCACUGCUCACGUUUCGUCGUGUGUUAGAAUGUGAGCUCGGUCGCCAUGGUUACUUGGUUGUAUACGUGAACCUCAGGAAUCGCUGUCUCAUAAUGUAUUCAUUCGUGUUUGUUCACGCCGUAGGUUCUUCCCUUUUCCGCCGCCACCCUCUGCCAUUGUCGAUGCCUGGCACGCUCGAGCUCUUCCAUCCUACGUCGUCACCCGCCGUUAUUCACGUCGGGAUGUCGCGCUUUUCACGGUCUUCCCGUAAGAUCGACCGGCGGUCAGUCUGUAUGGCCGCCGCGUCCCUUGUAGUGGAUCUUCCACUGAUAUCUCCUCACGAGGUCAUCGUUGCUCCAACUUUUUAUAACUGUCCGUCGAUGACGAUACGUAGCUAUCUGUCUAUAUUGUUCACGUGUCGUGCAGUACACUACAGUAACGUGGAUCGGCGCCAGUGCGGUGGACAUAUAACUCUACAGUGAGUGAUUAUCAGUCAGGUCAUACAGCUGCCAACAUUAUGGUGCAGAGAUUUCCUAUGUUUAGUAUAUCAGACGGGGAAGCUUCGUAAGGUUUCUGUCGAGUCGCAAGGCUCGUAGGUAUCUAAUGAUAUAGGGGUAUAGAUAUCUGCAUAGUUUAUGGUCAGACAGUGGUUUGUGAAGCGCUGCAUCCUGGCUCUUGAUUUGUUCGGAGAGAGGCUGCGGUAGCGACGCAGCUGACAGCUGUCCUCUUGUCGUCACUGCAGGAAAAUUGUGAGCGCCAUCGUGUGUUAAAGCUAGGAAAAAUAUUUUUGAUGUCAAGCCUAAUGGUGAUGAUGAUGAUGAUGAUGAUGAUGAUGAUGAUGAAGAAGAUGAUGAUGAUGAUGAUGAUGAUGAUGAAGAAGAUGGCAAUGGUGAUCUUUUUUUUCAAGCGUUGUUAUCAGUUGAUGGAAGUGACUGAAGCUAUGCAGUGUGUUGCCGUUGUGGUUGACAUCAUUGUUAUGCUUGCAAAAAUUAACCUCAGAAAGGUCAGCGGCCGUCAGCCCUCAAAUGUGAUGGUAUUUAUAUAUACAUAUAUAUGCGUACGCGUGUACGUAUACAUACAUAUAAAUGUAAAUAUACAUACGAUACGAGUAUCGUACGAUGAGAACAAUAUAACUCGGCAGAAGAUUUUGGGUUCAUCAUCAGUAUCUCUCAGCUCUUCAGAUUGUUUUAUCAUAUGCUAGGUCGCAAGUAUAAGCCAGAAAUUCCAUACCCUAUACCCUACCUUACCACACCACACGACGCCAUUUUCUCACAAAGCCAUCCGAUAAACUAAGAGCCUAUAUAAUUAUAUAUAUAUAUAUAUAUAUAUAUAUAUAUAUAUAUAUUCUGUCUUUUCUCUGUCAUGUAAUUGCAGGAAUAUCAUCAGUUUGUUAGACUACGCUAGCACAUUCAUUGUAAUUGUAUUAUAUAGAAAGAGGUAGUAUAAAAGAUUAUAUAACCAAAGUAAUGACAUGAAGUGAAUUUUGUUGUCACAAUCAAGAUCAUAUUAAAACAAUAAACCUAAUAUUGAACAAUC